UCUCUCGAUAAAUCUUUCAUCCCUUUCUUUUUUGUCAACUCUGUUCUUUUAAGUUACCAUUCUCUCGUUUUGGUAUUCAGCGUGGAAUUUUCACAUGCUGUUCGUGUUCUCCGAAGGAUAUCUCACAUGAAAUUAUAGUUUGUAAUUUCUCCAUAUUCUGUAGAGAGUCCCCAUGGAAAACUGAGCAAUCCAGAAUCCCUUGUGUUUUCGCAUUUUCUGUAGACUCUUCCCCAGCUCUGUUGUUGGUUUGGGAUGAACAUGGAAUUGCGUUAUUGUUCGAGGAGCAAUAUAAAAUGGUGGUUCAUCUAAUAUUCUGUAUUCCUGUGUAUCGUUUUUGUGGUUCGCUUGAAUUGCCCCUUUUCUUCCUUGGCAUGUUGUUAGAUGCUUGGUUUGAAAGUUGGGACUCAGUUGGUCUAAUUUUUCUCUUUCGAUACAUAAUCUGUGGAGAUAUUAUUUUGGCGUCGGUGAUGUCAAUGGCUUGGUGACAACAGUAAAGUCGUGAUUUUCGUUCUGCUAUAUUGAUUCCUUCUGCUGUUUGUACUGGAAGUUAGCUUAUCAUCAGUUCGUGUCCUGACAGAUGUGGUUAAUAGAAUCAUGAUACCUGAAACUGAAAAGUUUGUGAGACGAAGACUGAUAUAACACUAGCAGUUACUGGUCGGCAGUAGCUUGCAGUUUGUUUGCAAGUAAUUAAGGGGACUCGCAAGAAAAUGCUUUAUCAUGGGACUCAUGCAAUAUAGCAGACCCGAAAUACUGUUUAUCGGAUUGAAGUCCAACCGCGUGGGAAAAUCUCUUCAUGUAGUGAAUGUCUCUUUUUCUGCUGAUGCUUUGAUUGUCUGAUCUGCGUUACAAAAGUAAAGCAUUACCCAAGAAGGAAAUUGCAUCACAAGCAUGAAAGGAUAGUCAUAUUAAGCCUUUAGCCCUUUGUGGACAUUCUUCCUUGAUGACCUCCUUAUUCGAUUCAUGUCGCUAAAAGUUCCUAUGUGAAGCCACGGUCUAAGAUUUCCAGCCACUGUUAGUUGGUGACUGCGUCUUAAUAUUGUUUUCAUCUGGCAAAUCCAACCAGGGGUUCCUCUUUCUUGCUAGGGGCUACUGGUCAUCUGGUUAUUGAAGAGAGUUAGGAUAACUAAUGGAUGUUUUUCUUCAUGCUUUUAUAGUUUGGAGGUGCUUCUGCUGUUUUACUUUCCAGAAUGUAGUUACAACCACAUGAGGAAACGGUGGAAAGCUUAUCAAGUACUUGUAUCUAGUCUUCUUACCCAACACCAUAUGCAAUGGUCUAAAGCAGAGAAAGAAGCAGUGGGAUGCUCAAACGUUUUAAAGAAUAGUGACAAUCAUUCUGCAAAAUCAGAGCUGAGUGAGCUGAAAAAUCAUCAGGCAAAUUUCAACAGACAUGAUUUUGAUGGAGAAGAGCUAACUGAAAGAAAGCAGAAAAUGGAACUUGAAUGGUUCAGUAAAGCCCUUGAACCAGCGAUGCAGCUGUAUAGGUGGGCUUUGCCUGCAGGAAGUAAUAGCAUGCAACAAGUCCCAUCAAGAAGCAGAUCCAUUGCUGAAAUUAUUGCAAGUCUUCAACGAAGCAAAGCUGGGCUUCCGGAGUGGAGCUUAAGUGACCUCACUGUAGGCCUUUAUCUGAUCUAUCUUCGGCGAGCUUCUGAAUGUUUACCUGAGGAUUUCCAAGGGGUACAGAUCUCUUCUGAUUCUCAGGUCUCAUACCUCAUCUAUCAUGUGGAACUAGCCAAAGGAGCUUAUAGAGAAAAUGCUGCAGCUCUUACUCGAAACAGCAUGCUUCGGGAAGGACAUAUCUUGAAAUUUGUUCGUGAUUCAUGCCUCUUGAGACCUGGAUAUUAUAUUGCUACUGAUCCACGUAAUAAGUCUGUGAUUGUUGGAAUACGUGGAACACACACGGUUUAUGAUCUUAUUACUGAUAUGGUUUCCUCUAGUGAUGAAGAAGUCACACUUGAAGGGUACUCAACUCAUUUUGGGACUGCUGAAGCAGCUCGAUGGUUUAUACAUUAUGAACUAGAAACUAUUAGAAAAUGUCUGCAGAAGCAUGAGGGGUUUAAGCUGAAGCUAGUUGGCCACUCUCUUGGGGGAGCGACGGCAGCAUUGCUGGCAAUAAUGCUUAGGAAGAGAUCAAAACAAGAGCUUGGUUUUAGUCCUGAUAUUGUUUCUUCUGUUGGUUUUGGGACUCCACCUUGUGUGUCAAAAGAGCUUGCUGAAAGUUGCACAGAAUUCGUUUCUUCUGUUGUUUUGCAGGAUGAUAUUAUUCCAAGGUUGAGUUCAGCUUCACUAAUGAGGCUGCGCAACGAAAUCCUUCAGACCGAUUGGACAAGAAUUUUUGAGAAGGAAGACUGGAAGCGGGUGACAGAUCUUGUAACAAAUGCCAAACAAGUGGUGUCCUCCAUACAGGAUAUUGCUCGGAAAUGCACGGAGUAUGCUAAUUUCAAUAGCGCAAAAGGUGUCUCAGGUAUUUCUAAUAAGGAUUCUGUCGUGACUAAGAAGUCUUCUGCUACACAACACCCUGGUGCGUCAUCACAUGUUCCAGAGAAAGAGAAAUCCUCUCCCACUGAGUUGUUUCUUCCUGGUAAACUGUAUCACUUAAGGAGGAAUGUGGAGACUUCUGCCAUUGGAGGUGACGCUAUAGAAUAUUAUACUCUGUGGAAGGGGCAUCCCGGUGUACAUUUUAGAAAUAUAGUCCUCUCAAGCAACUUGAUUUCUGAUCAUAAAUGUGAUAAUCAUUACUAUGCUCUUCGAGAUGUUCUGAAGGGAUUGCCAAGUUCUGGUUAUCAAGAAGUUUGUUGGUAGGAAAGCUUGGUCUAACAAAGUUUUCUGUAAAUAACGGGUGUCAAUUGUUGCCCAAUGCAAGCUUUUAUAGUUUUAUGCUUUAA